CGCUCAUCACUCCCACGACUGGUAUACUCGGUCGUUCUCAUAAUCUCUCUUCUCCAUCCUCUCCAUCUUUCUCUCUCUCUGUCGCGCUCUCCUUCCACGUCCACAUGACAACUCUCGACCCCAUCUGCCCUCACCCUUACGCCCAUCAAGUCUCGUCGCGCAGGCGACACGUUACCGUCAAGCGCUUCAACGUCCUCUGCCGGCUCUCCGAACAAGACAUCAUCAACACCGUACCCGAGGAUGUCGAGGACGCGGCCACCCGCCCUCCCGUCACCAUCGACCACGACGUGUACCCACAUAUCAUCGCAUCCAUUCUCUCCUAUGCCAAGGCCGGUGUCCUCAGUGUCUUCGGCGCGACCAGCAAAUAUUACCGCGACUACGUUGAGGACCUCCUUGCACCCAGCCAAACAGUCGCCUAUGUCAGUUUCAACUGCGUCAAAGGUCGGCCCAACUCGGGGCUACCCACGAUGAAAGGAAAUGAGGAAGCGAUCGCAGCGUUCCUUGCCGCCGACGUCCCCCGCCUGCGCAACCGACUGAGGCGUGUCCGCGCCCUCGAGUUCCCUACAUGUCUCAAGACCUUCCGGGGUAAACACUGGCAUGCGGUACCCCUCAUCUCGCAAGAGACGUACCGGACUCUCUUCCCCUCAGUCAUCGUCCGCAUGCGCAACCACGCCGACAUACCAGAGCGACUUGUCCGUGUAAUGGAUAAGAUGGCCAUUUUCCUGGAUCUAGAACUUGGACUGCCCGAGUGCGCUAAGCGUUCCCGACUACAUGUUCCUCGUAAGCGCAUGGUGGUGAAUGUUCGCGGCUCCUCGGGAGCUCACGUGUCGCCGUUGCUGACCGUCCUUCCCAAGCUCAGCUACCCCCCGUGCUUGGUGUUGAACUUUGAUGCAUGGGAGGUCCCCCACGGCACGGUCAAAUACAUGACCCUUGUCGAAAGCACCAUGCUCAUCACCUACAUUGCGGAAGCGCUGAAGCGCUGCACCGUUGUCCUCGUCGAGUUCGGGAGGGUGUGGGCGUGGUCCCAACCCCCAGAUGACACGGACGACGAGAGCCAACUCGUCCCUCUCGACUACCGCACGGUCGAGACGCUACUUGCCCCCUUCCGUCUCCCGGCGAAAAAGAAGCUACACGUACUCUCGCUCGCAGAGUAUCGCCAGAGUGCUGGAGACGGAUUUGCCGCCGAGACUUAUUGGUCGAUCUAGCGGCUAGCAGACACAUUCUGCGCCGCCUCACCGUCUCUCCCACGCCAUAGUCCUUUGUAUUCUAUCAACGUACUCUAUCCCAUCCCUCUAGAUGCUCCGUUUCUCCUCGCCGUGCGGGGAUGCAUCCCCCAUGUUCGACCACACCGCCUACCCGC